UCAUCAUCAUCAACAACAACAACAACAACUGCAACAUCAACAAAAUCAUCAUCACAGUCAUCAACAUUAUCAUCCUCAUUGCCAUCGUCGUCUUCGUCCUCAUCCACACCAUCGUCAACAUCUUCAUCAACCUCACUAGUAAGAGUGUCUGUGCCAAUCUCUUGCAUAACUAGCUCCACACAAGAAAACAGAGGAAGUGUGCUCAACAAAUCCACUAAUUUUGAGAAGCAGCGGCUGGUUGAAAUCAAUGGUCCCAGACCUUUUAGCAAAACCGGCAGCAUUAAGUGCGAUUUAAACCCAUCUGUGAUGCUAACUUUGCCCGGAAAAAGCAGCACUGCAAAAGACCGUGUCCCUGUCCAAAACAAAGUGGUCUCCGAACUGUGUCCAAUCGAACCUCUCACAGAUGGCAAGAGCACUGUGGUAAACAGUGUUUGCAGCAAUUCUGAGGGUACUGUUGCCGAACGAGGGGACAAGCUUUUGUCAAAGGUGACACCGAGGGCGACUAAGGACGAGAAAACACUCGGAAAGUCAAUUCUCAUCAGUGUUAAGACUUCGGCUGAGGUGGUUGUCGUGUCCGAACCGUUAACAGUACUUUCUACGACGUCAGACAGAAAGGGUUCAAACAGCAGCCAUGUGAGCAGCGAAGAUCUCCUCCAAGGGCAAGGCAAAAGCGUAGAGGUCCUUUGUAAAGAAAACCUUGAAGAAAUGGUCCCUGCUGGAAGUCCUUCAGGGACCGAAGUGAGUAGCAGUUCAGACAGCCAAGGUGAUGGUCUAUUCAGCACUGAUACAAACCCAAUCCGAGUGAGUCAGAGGAAGAGAAAGCCUCCCGCCACCCUUGAUGAUAACCCUUCCCCGCCUUCCUUGGGAGGCUGGGUUCGCAUUGCUUUGGGACUUUUAGAGAGAGUAUCUCGCUUCCGAGGAGUCAAUCGAGAAAAAGGGGAACUGAAUGCUGCAUCAUGGUUCACUCGACCAGUGGAUCCACUUGAGGCCCCUGACUACUACACCAUUGUGAAGAAUCCUAUGGAUUUCAGCACGAUACGGAAACGAUUGGAGUCUGGAUAUUAUACUACAAUGGAAGAUUUCCAUAGUGAUAUGUCAUUGGUACGUGAUAACUGUGGGUUGUACAAUCCACUCGGCAGCUCUGUCCAGAGAGACUGCCAAGAAGUAUUUGCAUUUUAUACUCAAGAGUAUGAGAAAAUAGUUGGCAAAUUGAACAAGAGCCGUGUCCCUUCAGCUACAUCUUCUCAUCCAUCUGCUGGCAAGAAGUUAAAAAUCGACAAAGUCCCUGCCAAAUCAUGACAAGCCCCUUCUUCUUGAUGAGGCGAAUCCAGAUGAAAACUUUUUUCCUUUUGAAAAUGACACGGCCGAGGAUGGGGUGGGGGGGCAGGGCAGCAGGCCAGCCGGCUGGCAGACAAACGGACAGGAAGGACGAACAGACAGAAACUGAUAGACGGUAGCACUAGUGGUGGCUGAUGAAAAAAAAAAAACAAAAGGAGAGCGAAAAAAAAUGAAAUAUGAACAAAGCCUCACCUUGUGGUUACCUUACUUUACCUUUACCUAUCUGCGCAAGAACCUGCUUGUGGAUGGGAUGUUUACAUCGCUCGCAUACAUGAAAGUAGGAAGAGAUGAAGAGAGGAAAGGAGGCAGAAGAUGUACAGCAUGUCGUUGACAGUAAAGAA